CGGCUCAUCAUCAGAGCAAAGCCGGGUUUGCUGCUGCUGCCGCUGGGGUGGAAAUACCGACGUCUCCCCUGAGAACCUUAAGUUCACCAUGAGCGGCGGCAGAACGACCCCCCUCCUCUUCAUCAGGGCGCUGCUGAAGGUGCCUGAAGCCCACUUCUCCAAAGCUGCGCGAGGAAACACUAGAAGAGCAAAUGUCAGACACUUGUGGGGCCCCUGUGGGGCCAUGGCAGCGAGAAGGGCCAGCCUGCCUCUCUGCCCCGCCGUCCCCAUCAGCACACCCAGCCGCAGCUUCAUCAAACUGGCUGCUCCCAUCAGCAAACGAAGGAUGGAGUACACCGAGUGCAGGACAUUAGGGUAUUCUCCAGAGCAGAUGUACAAUGUGGUGGCCAAUGUGGACCAGUACCGGCACUUUGUUCCCUGGUGCAAGAAGUCUCGGGUCAUGAGACCCGAGCAAAACGGUGAAGUCCGGGCUGAUAUUGAAAUUGGUUUCCCCCUUGUGGAGCGCUACACCUCUGAGGUCACCGUCAUCCCAAACCACCAAGUCAGGGCCGUGUGUACGGAUGGAUCCCUCUUCAGCCAUCUAGAAACAAUAUGGAGGUUUGCCCCUGCAGCCAAAGACCUACCAGCCUCCUGUAAAGUGGAUUUCUAUGUUUCGUUUGAGUUUAAGUCUCUUCUGCACUCUCAGCUGGCCAGCGUCUUCUUUGACGAGGUGGUUAAACAAAUGGUCAAUGCCUUCGAGUCGAGAGCUGCAAUGCUUUACAGGAACCAGCAGGAGGCGCGGUUGAGGAGGCGGUCGACAUGAGGCCUCCACGUUCCACUAGACCUUUAAUCAAACUCUGCUCUACUUGAUAUCAACACUUGUCUUAAACAGGAAGCUGGUUCUUCUUUUUGCACACGCUCUUAUCUUACACUUGAGUCGACAUGCACAUUGAACAUACUUACUAUUUAUUUAUAAUCCAUAAACUGAUUUAUUUAUAAUCCAUAAACUGAUUUAUUUACGUUCUUGUACAUCUUCUGUUCUUAUGCAUGGUUUAAAAUGGUCAUGUUUCUUGGUAAGAUUGUUGUAUAAUGCUCAGACAAUUGACUCCUGCUCAACGCUGAAACAAAUCUAAAAAGGUUGAGCGCAAUUUUUUGUUAAGCACUUUUUUCUCGGUGGAAUUAAAAAGCUUUUAUUUUGGUAAAUCUAUGUCCAAGGGUCAUUUUUUGCAUCUGUAAUUUAAAUAUGCUGCUUUUUUUUUUUUAACAAUGGACCCCAGUGACUGGACGAGCAAAGAUUUCCAGUGUAGUGGAUCGUAUCAACAUCUGUUUACUCCUUGUUGCGUUUGGGCAAGAGUAUCAAGGAAAAUAAAUGGUUCU